AGAUUGGGGUGGAAUUUUGUAACAAAAGGAUUCUUUGUGCCCUGGAUUAUAUCUGCCUAAAAUGAGGAACUGUUAAGCACUGUCAGGUCAAUUUGAAGCCAUACUGUGUGUGGAUGCCUCCGACUCUUGCUGGAUGAUUCCAUCUCUGUGAUGAAAGGCUUAUCCGGCAGCCGCAGCCACCACCACAUGGUGACCUGCGACCCCUCCUUGGACUCCAUGGGUCACCACUUGGACCACAAGCCCUACCUCAUCAGCCAGAUCGACAACCCCCACCCAACCGAUCACUCUUACUACUCCCAGAGGAGCCCCUACCAGCCUGACUGUGUAGUGCCUUACGGGACCUUCCCCCGCCGACACUACAGCUCUCCGCAAGAUUCGAAGGACGAGACUGCUGUGGUUCCCUACACUGGGGGAGGGGUUCCAGCCAAUAAGGGCCAGCGACUUCCCGUUGCCAUUUUGGAUCAGUUUGACCGCCAACUCCCAGUGCCUCGGGACGGCUACCACACGCUACAGUACAAGCGCGCUGCCGCUGCCUUGGAGCAACGGAGUGACAGCCCUGGCCGAAUUCGGCACCUGGUGCACUCUGUUCAGAAGCUCUUUACCAAGUCCCACUCGCUAGAGGGCCCACACCAUGCUCAUGCCCAUGGCAAGGGCAGCAUCAACGGGGGCAAGGCCAGUCCUGACGGAGACCCUCCCGCUAUUCGCCACCGAAAGCGCAGCAAGAGCAGGGAGCGCUGCAAGUCAGCUGAGCCCAAGAACAGGACGCCACCAUCUGGCUACUGGAGCUCUGAUGACUUGGAACGUGAAGCCUGCCUGUUUCAGCACGGACCGCCAGGCAUCAUGACUAUGGGCCGGCACCCGGACAAGUCCCAGUCACAGUACUUCCUGGAGGCCUGCAACACCAUAAGUGACCAGGCGCUUAAAAAUUCCCGCAGCAACAACAAUUUGGGAAAGUGUUCGACGUGCACGAGCAUACCGCUGAGCGUGGACGCGACACAGCUCGUGAAGAAGAGCUUGUGGUCGUCCUCUCUCACGGUGAGCAGAGCACGUCAAGUCUACCAGAAGGCCCCGGUAAAUGUAGAUAAGGCUCUUGUGAAAGCAGAGGCUUGUCAGCAGGAGCGCUCAUGCCAAUUCUUGCAGGUCCCACAAGACGAGUGGGGGGGCUUUCCACUAGGCAAGGAUGAGGAUAUUCCAUGCAGACGCAUGCGCAGCGGCAGCUAUGUGAAAGCCAUGGCGGAGGAGGACAGUGAAGACUCAGACGGGAGCCCUAAACCCUCGCCCAAGAUGCAGGCACGACGGGCCAGCUACCUCAAAGCCACCCAGCCCUCACUGACAGAGAUGACUACUUUAAACAUCUCUUCAGAGCACUCUCCAAAGCUGCAGAUCCGGAGUCAUAGCUACUUACGGGCGGUGAGUGAAGUUUCCAUCAAUAGGAGCCUGGACACUCUGGACCCCAAAGCUCUGCUAGCCUCUCCCCAAUACCGCUCGCGAAACGAGAGCUACAUGAGGGCUAUGAGCACCAUCAGCCAGGUGAGCGAGGUGGAGGUUAACGGGCAGAUGGAGGCAGUGUGUGAGAGCGUGUUCAGUGAAAUGGAGUCGCAAGCAGUGGAUGCUCUGGACCUGCCCAUGCCCAGCUGCUUCCGCAUGAGGAGUCACAGUUACGUGCGUGCCAUUGACCAGGGCUGCUCACAAGAUGAGGAAGGGGGGCCUCUGCUACCGGCCUCCCCUCCACGGACCACCACUACUGUCAGAACCAUACAGAGCAGCACAGUAUCGUCUUGUAUCACCACCUACAAAAAGACUCCUCCGCCGGUCCCUCCCCGCACCUCCACCAAGCCCUUCAUCUCCAUCACAGCCCAGAGCAGCACUGAGUCUGCGCAGGAUGCUUACAUGGACGGUCCCUGUGCGCGGGGUGAGCCAGCCCUCCAUUCCGGUCUGAGCAAUUCCACUGAGAGCAUUGACAGCAUGAAAGCCCUAACAGCAGCCAUAGAGGCGGCCAAUGCUCAGAUCCAUGGCCCUGCCAGCCAGCACGUCAGUAACAGCACCGUCACCAUCAGCACCAGCCCCUCUCCACUACCCAUGCCUCUGCCCAUACCCAUACCUGCUAUGGAAGAUGUCCGCAGGGAUAUGCUCAGGAAGGGCAGGUGCCUUUCUAUUGGCAUCCAGGUGGAUGGGCCUGAUGACCAGGAACUAGAGGACCAGUCCAAGUUUCAGUCAGUGGGGAUUCAGGUUGAAGAGGAGCAUGGUCACCGGCGGUUCACGCGCUCUAACAGCAUGACAGCAGCAGUACAGGCUGAUCUGGACACUCCAGACUACACUCCAGCUGAUUCUCCUGUCACAGGUUUCCCCUCUUCAGGCUGUAUGUCACGGCAGUACUCGCGUGAUGCCGCCACCUCCACUGUCAGCAUCCAGGGCUCAGGGAACCACUACCAUGCCUGCACCUCAGAUGACUAUGAGGACGUUGGGUUUGACCCCUCUAUCUUGCCCCCACCUGACCCAUGGAUCGACAGCGUGACGGAAGACCCCUUGGAAGUCGUGGGCCGCUCAGUGUGUCAGCGUGAUGGCCGCUGGUUCCUCAAGCUGCUGCAGGCGGAGACAGAGCGCAUGGAGGGCUGGUGCAGGCAGAUGGAGCAGGAUGAGAAGGAAAACAAGCUACCUGAUGACAUCCUGGGGAAGAUCUGCAGUGCAGUGGGAAGCGCACAGCUGCUUAUAUCCCAGAAGUUCCAGCAGUUCAGGGAGCUGUGUGAGGAAAAUCUGAACCAAAAUGCUCAUCCACGGCCAAUGGCUCAGGAUCUGGCAGGGUUCUGGGACAUGCUCCAGCUCUCCAUUGAGAAUAUCAGCCUCAAGUUUGAUGAGCUGCACCAACUCAAAGCCAACAACUGGAGACCCCUCGACCCCCCUGAGAGAAAGGAGAGAAGGCUGCCUCCCCCAGUGCCAAAGAAACCCCCGAAAGGCCACCCUCCGCUGGCCAGAGACCGCUCGCUGGAGAGCACAGAGAAGCAGCGUCAAGAGGCCCGCAAACGUUUGAUGGCAGCCAAGCGAGCUGCUUCAGUUCGGCAGAACUCAGCCACAGAGAGUGCAGACAGCAUCGAGAUCUAUAUACCCGAGGCCCAGACCAGACUAUGAAACUGCCAAACAGAAAUACGCACUCACACAAAAAUGCUCAAGUGCAGAAUUCCACCGUGAGCAAAGCACAUCACACAGAUAUAUAUUUGCCUAAUGCUAAGAUCACUGUAUAUUAAGAACAACAUUCACCAGCACCAUGAUAGCACAGUAGUAGUAGUAAUUUGACCUUUCAUUAAAAAAUAAAAGACUUCCAAUGUAGACAUACAUCAUAUUUCCAUGACCCCAAGCCAUUAUCAAUCACACGUAUGGCAGACGGCACGUUCAAAUGGCACAUUCCAUGAAUAUGGUAUAUUUGAAAUACUGUGACUUUUUUGUUUGAAUCAUUUUAAGCACAAAUCCCUUGUUUUUGUUGUGAGAACUAUUAGAUAUGUUGAAUAAUAGUUUAUCUAGUAUAUCUUGCCUGUAUCCAACAAUUAAAAUCAUAAAACAGUGUCAUAAUUUUGACAUUUGUAUACUUGUAUUCUAUUUAAUUUGUUGUUUAAAAAAAAAAAAAUGUUACUAUUUUUAAUUACCAAAAAUACAAUAUAUACCUGGAUUCCACAUUUUGUGUGCAACCAAAUUAUGGCAUGAUUUUUCACGUUACAAACAAAUAUUACAUUCUUUACAAUUGUGACACACAAGAAGUAACAUUAUUUUGACCAUUCCUACCACAUGGCAGAAAGACAAGUAAAUAAUAUAAUUAAAUUUGUUCAAUUAUAAACAAUUUAUACAAAUUGCAUGUUGACUACAUUCAUAAAGCUCAGCAUGCAAUCCUGUUACCCUAUGUUAUUGUAAGAUAAAAAUAUCAUUUAUCUUUCAUUUUUGUGGAAAAAUAGUUUACCAAUAUACUACUGAGUGAUUGCUUAGUUAGGCUAAAUUUGUAGCCCUGUUAGCCAUUCUGACAUACUUUUAUUAUACAGUAUAUUGUUUAUUGCUAGACAAUUACGAAUCCACAGAAAUCAGGUUUUUAAACUGUAUGUAGACAUUACUAAUAUUUAGACACCCAAAAUUUGGUAACAGGGUUGCAAACAUUAAAAAAUCAUUAAAAAAGAAUUUAAAAUAAAACAUACUCAUAUAAUAUUACGUUUAACCUCCUGAGCUUGAGGAUCAACGUUUUCUGUGGGUUAUGCUCCUUUCAUGACCAUUUGCUGAAAAAAACGUAACUUUUGAGUUUCAGGUCCUAUAUUGUACCCUAUUCGUGGAAAGUGCCAAACACAUUCAAAUACACAGUUAUACGCUUUCCCAUAUACAGCACUAACCUCUCUUAGAGUGAUUGGCUCACCUUCAUUCACCAUGUAGAUUAACGUGGGCAUUUACACAAAACUUUAACAUUUAACAGUUCUGCACAGACAUAUAACAGUUGAACAUAUUCACUCUGAGUGUAAUGGACUGGGUGUUUGUAAUAUAAUCUGUCUUACCUUUUACCUUAAUGGUUGAAGGAAUGCUAUAGCAGGUUUAAUGUUUUGCUUCUCCACAGUCUUUCCCAUCUGUCUAUAUUUUACAUACUGUCUUAAUCUAUUGAUCUGAAGAGAUGUGAUCAUAGUGAAUUAUGUUCCUAGUCAUGUGAAGUAGGUACUCUUCAGAAGUAAACCCUCGCUUUAUCUGUCUCUCUUACCAGUGCCAUCUAAGUAUCCUCUUUGAAUCAUUGUCAUUCAGCCUUUUAGCAUUUCUGUUUUCUUAAAGAAAUAGUUCACCAAAAAAUGAAAAUUCCCUCAUAAUUUACUCACCCUCAUACCAUCCCAGAUGUGUAUGACUUUCUUUCUUGUGCUGAACAAGAACAUUUUUUGAAGAAUAUUUCAGCUCUGUAGGUCCUCACAAUGCAAAGUUUUUACUAUAAAUUCUCCUCCCUGCCCAGUAGGUGGCGAUAUGCAUGAAGAAUGUGAAUUGCCAAAAACAAAUUAAGAAGAAUGUGUAAGUGAAAGUGGAGAUUGAUAGUUAAAAAGGACUUAAAUAUUGAUCUUUUUUCUUCUGCUGAACACAAACGAAGAUUUUUAGAAGAAUAUUUAAUCUCUAUAGGUCCAUACAAGGCAAAUGAAUGGUGACCAGACCUUUGAAGCU